CGAGAUACAAUAACAUUCGUAACAAUAACAAAGCAUCGAGGAAAUUCGACACGAAACUUUUUCCGGUUCACGUUUUUUUGUGCUGAAAAUUCUAGUUUGUGAGUAGUGUUGUGAAAUAGAUAGUGUCGAUGAUUGUCACAAGACAAUUAUAGCAUGCAGUAAUGGAUGGCGAGAAUAGGAUCAUUUUAAACGUUGGAGGAAUAAGAUACGAAACCUACAAGGCAACGCUAAAGAAGAUCCCCGCGACGCGACUGUCGCGGCUGACUGAGGCGCUCGCUAACUACGACCCCGUGCUCAACGAAUACUUCUUCGAUAGACAUCCCGGAGUCUUCGCACAAGUACUCAAUUAUUACAGGACAGGGAAACUCCACUACCCGACCAAUGUGUGCGGGCCGCUGUUCGAGGAGGAGCUGGAGUUCUGGGGGCUGGACUCCAACCAGGUGGAGCCUUGCUGCUGGUCUACAUACAGCAUACACAGAGAUACGCAGAAUACGCUGGCGAUACUGGAUAAAUUGGACAUCGACAGCGAGAAGCCGUCAGAAGAAGAAAUUGCUAGACUCUUCGGGUAUGAGGAGGCGUAUCUUUCUGGAGAGCUGGGCAUCUGGCAGAGGAUCAAACCUAAGAUAUGGGCAUUGUUCGAUGAGCCUUCUAGUUCACCAACCGCUAAGGUGAUAUCAGCGAUAUCGGUGUUCUUCAUCUGCGUGUCAGUGCUGUGCUUCUGUUUGAAAACACACCCUGACCUUCGGGUGUCGGAGCCUUUACUCCUCGAGGAUGUGGAGAACUCGACAGCGGAGCUGGACACCAGGCCAGCGUGGCUUGACAACGGCCAGCCGCAUAUCGCCUUCUUCUAUAUUGAACUGAUAUGCAAUGUUUGGUUCACUAUUGAACUGUUAGUACGGUCUGUGGUAGCACCUAACAUAAUAGAGUUUAUCAAAUCCCCAGUGAACAUUAUAGACUUUAUCGCAACGUUAAGUUUUUACAUGGACGUUGUUGUAGAAUUAACUGUAGUUAAAAGAAAUAUUGAUAAAGCGGACAUUUUAGAGUUUAUUUCUAUUAUAAAGAUACUUAGACUUUUUAAGUUGACGAGACAUAGUCCGGGUUUAAAAAUAUUAGUGCAUACGUUUAAAGCGUCUGCCAAGGAGCUGACGCUUCUAGUGUUUUUCUUAGUUCUAGGUAUUGUGAUCUUCGCAAGUUUAGUGUAUUAUGCGGAGAAAUCUCAGGAUAACCCAGAGAAUCAGUUCAAGUCGAUCCCGUUAGGAUUAUGGUGGGCGAUCGUUACCAUGACAACCGUGGGCUACGGCGACAUGGCGCCGAAGACGUAUCUAGGGAUGUUCGUGGGCGCGCUCUGUGCGUUGGCCGGAGUAUUGACCAUUGCCUUGCCAGUUCCAGUGAUCGUGUCCAACUUCUCAAUGUUCUACUCUCACACACAGGCAAGAUCAAAACUACCAAAGAAGCGGCGGCGAGUUCUCCCGGUGGAACAACCUCGAAGGAAACGCGACGCCAGCGCCUCCAACCGGAGGGUGAAUGCAGUUAAACAUCCGGUCGUUCUCAAAGACUUAUCGCCAGCGAAUAAUAAGUUCGGUGUCAACGGAAUGAAUAUGAUAAGUCUGGCACUUCAAGGUCCUCCAAACCUGCUCAGACCUCCCGCCACUACUCAACCUCUACAAGCCAGAGCUCCUAUAGUGGAGAGUCCUAUCAUCACGCAGUGCGGUGCUAUCUCAUUGGCGUCCUUACAACCCCCUUUGCUGACAGCCCCGCCGCUGCAGCCGCGCCCCGCCACCACCGGCGCCCUCGACCUCAUGCUGCCGCUCCAGCCCAAGCUGCUGCCAGGGUACCUUCAAUCAUCAUUCCUCUCCACCACACUCUCCACUGUCAGACCUCCAGAUUUACCUGACAAGGUUAAAGAAACAGAAUUCAAACCGAGUGUUGAUGUUAUUAUUGAAAAGACAGAAUCAAAUGAGAAUUCAAAUAGAAAUAGUAUUGAUGAAGGGAGUUUAGUAGAUAGAGGAACAGAUAAUUUAAAUAAUGCUGAAAUUAAUACUUCAGAUUGUAAUAAUUAUUCUAAUGAUGAAAUUAAUUCAAAUAUAACUACAAAUGUUAAUUCUAUUGACAGUCCUAAUAAUAAUUCGUGUUAAAUUAAGAUUUUUGGAUUUGUAACUUAUUGAAUAUUUACCUUUCUAGCUGUGAAACCCCUCUUAAUGGAUUGUCUCCCAUAAAAUUAAAAUUUCACAAGUAAUACCUUAAAAUAUCCUAAUAUUUAUAUUACUAACAUGAUGAUUUUUUGUCGUUUAACCCUUAAAAGCCUAAUUUUCUAAAUCAAAUUACAAAAUGUAUAAUUAUACAAUUUACUGUAGUAAAAAAAAAACAA